AUGGGAAAGCGCAAGUCUUCGUCUAGAAAGCCCAUGGGGCCUAAAAGGGCUGAUCCCUUGCCAACCACGUUCACAUGCCUCUUCUGCAACCAUGAGAAGUCAGUCACCGUCAAGCUCGAUAGGAGGGCUGGCGUUGGCCAGCUAGAUUGCCGCAUUUGCGGGCAGAAGUUCCAGUGUGCUGUCAACUACCUCUCGGCCGCGGUCGAUGUAUACGGAGAGUGGGUUGAUGCUGCUGAGGCCGUCGCGAAACAAGACGCUGGAGAAGGCAAUGCCUCCAAAUCAUAUGGCUCUCGAAGACCCUUGGACAAAACUACGGUUGACGAGCACGAUGAAAUCGACCAGCACGAUGAUUAUUGA